CGUUUUGGCGAAAAUGUUUUAUACAUCAGGUAUAGUACAAUACCCCUCCCCCACACAAAUUAGACAUUUUCUUACGGCUGUCCUCCCCUGAAAAAUGAUACUCGCAUAAAGUGUGAUUAGUAUGUCAAUAUACAGUGGCUUAUUACAAGUACAAAUCUACAUUUUUUUCAGGUCAUAGAAAAUCGCUAUCAUGGCAUCUGAAAAAAUUACCCAAGGCCAAUAUGUCAUUGAAUGUGACAUCUGCAAACAACCAGUCUCGUUCUCCUGCAGACGAUGUGGAGUCAAUCUCUGCAACCCUUGUGUUCCGGUACAUCUCCGGAUUAAGUCCAAGACCGGACAUGACGUGGUGGAAUACUCCAGUAGGGAUGAUGAUGACCCCUGUAAAAUUGAAGAACUGAUGAAAACAAUUACGAAAGAAAAUGAACGACUUCAAAAGUAUAAGUGUGAACUUGAAAACAUCCUUCAUCACACGACAAAGAGAUUGCCGUCAUUAUCCAAAAUUUACCAACAAAAGAAGGAUUAAGUGACGUCAUGAGGAGAGGCAUGGCACAAACAGAUAGAGAAAACCGUGAAUACGCUCCACCAGGAACUGGACGACAUGCAGAAGGAGCAUGAAUCACUGCUCCAGAAACAGAAGAGAGAAUCGGAAGAGAUGUUAGGAAGAGUUGAUGAAAUAAACGCCGCGACAAUAAAACUAAAAAAUUCACAGAAUGUUACGGAAAUGAAGAAACUUAUCGCAAGUAUUGAAAACCAAGAAAUUCCCUCGGAGAUUACACAGUACUCAUUUCCAGUGUUUUGCAAAUGCGAAAUUGACGAAAACUAUUUGAAAUCGUAUUUCGGAUACAUUGAAAAUAUACAAGAAAGAAAGAUUUCUUUGCCGAGAUUGAUAUCUGAAGACGCUGUGAUUUCAAAUCACAAAAUAUUAGAGGUGCCGAAAGUUAUCACAGCUAUAGACACAGGGUUUCCUGCUGGUGAAAAUAACAACCAUACAUACGAUAUUGCUAUUAUUGAUGAUAACAGAGUGUGGAUGGGAGGAGCAAGUACUGACCUGAAGUUUUUUGAUUUCCAGGGAAACCUCCACGACACUGUCUCCAUUACAACGCACGGGAUGUACUUAACUAUUUACAACAAACACGUGAUUUACACAAAAGCGAAAAACAAUACUGUGUGUAGAGUAGCCAAGGAUAAAACAAUCCAGACGAUGUUUGCAACCGGGAAGUGGAGACCACGCGGUAUCACGAGUACCGCGUCAGAUGACCUACUGAUCUGUCUCCAGAAGGACGACCAGUACAAAGUCGUGCGAUACAGCGAUACCGGUACCGUACUCCAGGAAAUCCAGUACGACUCACAGGGUCAGCCUUUGUACAGAGAUGCAACUUAUAUCACUGAAAAUGUUAACGGGGACAUCAUCGUAACAGACUGGAAGAAAAACGCUGUGGUUGCUGUCGAUGGAUUAGGAAUAUUUCUGUUUUCUUACUCUGGGAGUGACACGACAUUUACUGUGAGCGCCGUCACUUCUGAUCCUGCCGGUCACGUUAUCGUUACUGACUCAAAUGGCGACAAGAUCCACAUGUUGGACAGGGACGGGCGAUUCCUGAGGUACGUCAUUCCCGACAAAGGGAUUAAUAAACCACGCGCCGUGUGUAUCGUCGGUGACGGGGAGAUAUUUGUUGGGGAGCAGAAUACCGGUGUAGCUAAAAGAAUCAAAUAUGCGGAGUAAUACACAGAAUAUAUUGUUUUCUUUUGAACCAGAUUCUCAUAGUGUCUGUAUGAUGUGUAAUAUAUCAAAUGUUGAUUCUGAUUUUUGUGCAAUAUACUAAGAGGCAUAUAAUCCAAUUUGUAGGAUUUUUAAAAAAACCCUGAUAUGAACAAAAGUGGGCUUUUCUGAUCACCUGCUAUCAACGUAUGUAUGUCUUGCUACCCAUUUGUAAACAUGCAAGGUGAAGAUAACGAACAGUGAUCAAUCUCAUAACUCCUACAAGCAAUACAAAAUAGAUAGUUGGGCAAACACGGACCCCUGGACACACCAGAGGUGGGAUCAGGUGCCUAGGAGGAGUAAGCAUUCCCUGUUGACCGGUCACACCCGCCGUGAGACCCAUAUCUUUUCCAGAAUAACAAGGUCAAUUGCAACCAAACUUCUUAAAAAGCAUUAGGACCAUGAAUAACCAGGGGUCCGUGUUUGCCCAACUCUCUAUUUUGUAUUGCUUAUAGGAGUUAUGAAUUUGAUCCCUGUCCGUUAUCUUCGCCUUUCAUUGGGUAAAAGGUUGCAAAUGAAUGGUUGCGAUUGAUCGGUGCCACAAUAGGGGGCCAAAUUUUACUUGGGAACACUCUCGGAUAAUCUUUUUCUCAGGAGCAAGUCUCUGCUCACCCAUGGUUAGUCUUGUAAGCUCAAGUUCAAGGUAGCUGAGGACAUAUCAAAUUUCCAUAUAUCAACAGAUGUUAUGCCCCUGUAAAGAAGAGAGGCAUAUUGCUUUGCACCUGUCGGUCGGUUGGUCGAUAGAUCAUAUGUUGUCAACUGGACAUAGCAAUAUACUGUCCAUUCAAUAUAUUGAGAACUCUUUGCUUUAUAUACAUCAAAUUUGGUACACGGAUACAUCUUAUGGAGCAAAUGACCCCUAUUGAUUUCAGAUCACAUGGUCAAUCCACGCUCGACAUAACAAGACAUUGUAUGCUUAAUAUCUUGAAUCUUUUCAAUAGUUCUUGAACACGUAUUGGUCACACAAAUAAGCAAUAGGCUAAUGACAUUCAGACAACUCACUCACAAAAUCUUUAUUUCAACAGCAUUUAACAGUUAUUGACCAUUGUGUGAUCCGUGAUCUGUAGUCGUUCCUUGGAUAGAAACAUACAUCAGUUUUACUGAUCAGUUUGUCUAUCAAUAAAAUGAUUCAAUAGUUACA